GCUGGGACGAGGCCAUGUCGGAUCUGGGCUCGGAGGAGUUGGAGGAGGAGGGAGAGAAUGAUAUUGGGGAAUAUGAGGGGGAACGGAAUGAUGCAGGUGAACGACAUGGGAACGGGAAAGCCAGACUGCCCAAUGGGGAUACCUACGAGGGAAGGUAUGAAUUUGGUAAAAGACACGGCCAGGGGACCUACAAGUUUAAAAAUGGUGCUCGCUACAUUGGAGAAUAUUUCAAAAAUAAAAAGCAUGGUCAAGGCACUUUUAUAUAUCCAGAUGGAUCGCGAUAUGAAGGAGAGUGGGCAGAUGACCAGAGACACGGCCAUGGUGUGUACUACUACGUCAACAAUGACACCUACACAGGAGAGUGGUACUCUCACCAAAGGCACGGGCAAGGCACCUAUUUCUACGCAGAGACGGGCAGCAAGUAUGUUGGCACCUGGGUGAAUGGACAACAGGAGGGUGCAGCUGAGCUUAUCCACCUGAACCACAGAUACCAGGGCAAGUUCUUGAACAAAAACCCUGUUGGCCCUGGAAAGUAUGUGUUUGAUAUUGGAUGUGAACAGCACGGUGAAUAUCACUUAACUGAUGUGGAAAGAGGUGAAGAGGAGGAGGAGGAGGAGGCGUUAGUAGCUGUCAUUCCCAAAUGGAAAGCCACCAAAAUUACGGAGCUGGCCCUGUGGACGCCGAGGCUUCCGGAGGAGCUGCCGCCUGCAGACACACUACCUGGGCAGGAAGAGGUCCCGGGGGCCGAGGGGGGAGACCCUGGGGAGGACACCCAGCUGCUGACAGACGUUUCCGAGGGCGAGAAUGAAUCUUUAAGGGCGGUCGAUGAAGACGGAGACACCAUCAGGGAUGAGGGUCGGGACUACAACAGGGACGAGUUCCGAUAUGACAUAGACCAGGGAAAUAUUAGUUUUGAAGAGGAUGAAACUAGAUAA